UCAGUUGCUGUCUGGCCCGGAUGUGUUGUCGGUAGUGUGAAAUGUGAUUCGUUACUUUUACCAUACUGAAUGGCCGAAUCGCAUCAUCACCCGUCUGAUGCUGCAGCUUUGAAGGUGUCUCAAGCCUAUGGUGUCCCAAGAAACGAUGAUUGGGACAAGGUGCAGAAAGCUGUCACUGCACUGUUUCAACAAAAACAGCCCAGCACGUUGUUAGAUCUGGAAAUGUUGAGACAAAGGCUGAACAACCUAAUGCAGUCCGACAUCAGGCUAUUUAUCCCCAUAUAUUACCAAGAUCAUUUGCUGAAGAAAGGGAUGAUCAUCUUGAGAGAGCCAGUCAAGGAAGAGACGGGGAAUGAAUUGCUGCAGAACUUGGCGAAAUUAUGGGAGCGUUUCUUCACUAGUGUACUGCCCAUCCUGCAAGCCAUCUUUCACCCCAUAGAGAGGCUCAAUUGCUCCGUGCGAUCUCUCACACUGACAAGCUUUCGUGAUAUUGUUGUUCUCAAGACAAGAAUUGAAGAAGCUCUUGCAGAGAAUGAUGCCAUUGUUCCACCGAGGAUACAGCAGAUGCUGCUUGUGUUGCAGAGUGUUCGUCAGAAUCCUCCCAGUGAAAAUUUCCUCAAACUGGAAAAUUUGGUUUCUCUUGUUGUUUUUCCGUACCUUAAAUCUAGUCGUUUGUCACACACGAUGCCGCACCCUACUACGUCAUUCAAACGAAGCUCGAGAUGUAGGAAUAGGCAUCGAGCAGCAACUGAAGGCAGUACUGACGUCUCAGCAUCCCCUGUACUCACACAUUCAGUGCACGGCCAUCCCAUCAAUCCCAUACAAGAAGGCGAGAGCCUUUCAUCUUCACAGACGGUGCUACGUUCUGACUUGCUGUACGACGAACCCGACAUCCCAACUGGAGAGCAUCGCGUACGUUGCAUCUCCGACUUCGCACAGAGCACGACGUCGUUGGAUCGAGUGGACGCUCAACGCAGUACAGACAAUCUGCUGAGACCCACGCUCUCUCUUAGUGAGCUGACAACUGAAACGAGUGAAGAGAGCAAGGGCAGAUUGUUAGCGACCCUCAAGGCGUCAGUUGUAUAGUAACAGAGUUUAUAAAUGAGGAGCUGACGUGUGUGUGUGUGUGUGUGUGUGUGUGUGUGUGUGUGUGUGUGUGUGUGUGUGUGUGUGUGUGUGUGUGUGUGUGUGUGUGUGAACCCGCUCUUUGCAGUUGUAUUGCAGUCACAUGCAGGAAAUGAAUUAUAUGGAUAAUGAAAUAGAAAUAUAGUUGACUGACAGAUCGAUGGGUACACCACGAGAGUGUGUGUAUGACUGCUAGCUGUGUUUGUAGUGAAUAAAGGUUUGAAACGAGU